AAGCCUCGAGGGAAUGCAGUGGCGCCGCUCGUUUAAAGCUCUUGCAACUCCCGCGCGUGGAGUUUGAUCGAAUCUCGCGCAGAUGGCGAUGCUUCGCUACAACUGCUACUCUAAGACGUACGAGCUGGUGCAGUCGUCGUCGGGAGACAAAGUCGUGACUGUUUUGUUACCGCGCGUGGAGUUGACCCCGGCGCCCUUGUCGCCGACACCGCCGCCGCCACCACCACCACCACCGCCGUCGUCGUCAUUAUCAGUGUCUUCAGCAACGGCGGUGGAUCUAGUCCCGGAUUACUGGUCUGACUCCGACUCGGGGUUCGAGUUGUUUCGCGACGUGACGGGGAACGGGGCGGCUGAAGAGUGCGACUACGAGUUGGACUCUUUGUCGAAGCCCAGCAGUGCGACGUCGUUUGCGUCUAAUUUUUCCUUGCUCGACGCGAGGAACGGUUGGUGCGAACCGGAUGCGUCGCCGUCGAUGGGAGCAACCAGGCGACGGCGGCGACGUGGAUCCUGCGAUUUCUCUGGCGACGAUCUUNGACUCCGACUCGGGGUUCGAGUUGUUUCGCGACGUGACGGGGAACGGGGCGGCUGAAGAGUGCGACUACGAGUUGGACUCUUUGUCGAAGCCCAGCAGUGCGACGUCGUUUGCGUCUAAUUUUUCCUCGCUCGACGCGAGAAACGGUUGGUGCGAACCGGAUGCGUCGCCGUCGAUGGGAGCAACCAGGCGACGGCGGCGACGUGGAUCCUGCGAUUUCUCUGGCGACGAUCUUGGAUCGCACGAGUUCGUUCGAGCGACGAAUGACUACGUGACGAGGGAGCCGACGUUGUUGUCUUUCAGGAAGGGAGACGUCAUCAGGAUCGUGCCGAAGAAUUCAUACCUCGAAAAAGGUUCUAUCUUCGAAACCGAUUUGACCGUAUUUCUCAUGGUGGGUGUCGAAAAAGGCGUGUCGGUCGUGCGACACCCACGCCCGAGAAAAAUACCGACAGUAUUCUAUAAAAUCUCAUUCAUGUUCCCGAAGCCCCAACCGCGA